AUGGAUCGUAUUAAAACAAACAAGCUAGGUGUUUUUUUUGUGGAUGGUCCUGGGGGUACUGAGAAGACAUAUCUGUACCAAGCAUUGUAUGUGGAAGUGAGAUUGCUGGGGAAAAUUGCAUUGCCAACAGCAACAUCAGGCAUUUCAGCAUCAAAUAUAGCAACUGGUCGUACUGCACAUUCCCGCGUUAAGAUCCCUUUGGACCAUACUGUUUCAAAGGCUUGUAACGUUUCUAAGCAAAGUGCCCUUGCAGCGCUUUUAAGAGAAGCAAGCCUUAUUAUCUGGGAUGAAUCUUCAAUGGCACGAAAAGAAAACAUUGAAUCACUUGAUCUAUUACUAAGAGACUUGUGUGAUCCUAAUACCCCUUUUGGAGGUAAAGUCGUUGUUUUUGGCGGUGACUUUCGACAAGUAUUACCAGUUGUCCCGCAUAAAACUCAUAAUGAAGCUGUGGAGGCUAGCCUUAUGUCUUCUGCCUCGUGGCCUAACUUCAUACGGUUUAGCCUAACUGAUAACAUGUGCGCUAAAGAAGAUCCAAACUUCGCUGCUUUCUUGCUAGCCCUGGGCAAUGGGGCUUUACAAUCUACUGAAAUUGCAGGAGUUGAGCUUCCAACACAAAUAUAUGUGCCCUUUGAUGAAGAAGCUGAUUGUUUGGGUAGGCUUGUAAAUACUGUUUUCCCUUAG